AUGCAGCUCCUGCCCAGUCUCGCAGUCUUCGUCUUCGCCUACCUUGCCGCAGCCCACGGCGACCACGGCGACCACGGCCAUGAAGGCCCCGCUGCAGGCGAGACGAUCCAGCAAUAUGCAGAGAGACACGUACAUGGCGAAGGAGCAUCAUAUGUGGGGCGCAAUCUGUUCAGAGUUGUCAUCGAACUCAACACACGCUGUAGCGACUCGUUUGACCCGCCGAGCUUCUUCCAGUUGCACGAUCUGAACCGAGAAAUCGAGGCCAUCUAUGGCGUGCAUCACGUAUACUCACAGAAGAAAUCAAAGGACGAAGUUGCUCACCAAGAGAAGGCCGACCUCAUUGUCAGGACAGUCCUAGAGAAGCUCGACAAGGACAAGGACGGCAAGAUCUCCCUGAAAGAAUUCCUAGACGUUGGUUUGGACGGACUGCCCAACUUCGACAAAUUGGGCGCGGAGGGACACCAUUAUGACGUGGAGAGCGAGUUCUUCCUCCACCACGAAGAGGAGUUCCACUCCACACCCGAAACGCAGACCGACGAAUCCUACACCCACCCCGAAGACCUCGAGCACUUCGCGGCGCACGAGAAGAUCGAGCAUGAAGAGGCCGAGCGCGAGGCGCGUUUCCAGGGCAUCUCCGUCGACGACGCUCUCAAGCAGCACGAGCCGCACCCCGACGACAAGGCGCAGCAGCCCGUCCAGGUUCCCUCGAGCACGGACGACAACACGACUGCCGGGGACCCCGCGGUCGACGACCCGGCGCUCCAGCCUGACAAGGCCGGCCCCGCGUCCCGAAGUUCACGAGGAACAAGCAGGAGGACGAGGACCCCGCGUGCGUACCAGAACGCGAAGGGGAGCGGCCAAUGGGGCGAGGGUGGCUCUGGGUACGCGGCACCCAAGGCACCCUCAGAGAGACUCAAGAAGAAUGUGCCAUACAAGGUAACGUAGCUUGUUUGGAUUCGACGUGCCGGCACGAACGCUGACACGCAGGAUGGUAUGAAGUACAAGUUCCGGCGCAAUUG